CAACCAUUACAUUUUCAUUCUAAUUGAUUGCCUCAAUAGAGUUUAAGUAUUGAAAAUAUAGAAAUAACAUUUUUGCACUACUUCUACUGCCGGAAAGAUGUUUUUCGAAAUAAUUUUAUUUUGUUUUUAUUCUUGUACAAAUUCAUUAGAUUUUAACACAUAUAAAGGAGCAGUAUUCGAACAUAGUGUUAUAAUGCCAGAGAACACAAAAACAUGGGUGAAUCGAUCUUUUGCAUUAGAAAAUAUGAUGAAAAACAUUUACGUUUACCGGAAACAGGCCAUGAAAGCAGGAACAGAGGGAGUGGAUAUUUUAGUGUUCCCAGAAGACGGAAUCUAUGGAUAUAUCUUCAAUAGAAAUGGUGUGGAAUCUUAUCUAGAAUACAUUCCAGAUCCAGAAAUGGAAACAUGGAACGCUUGUGAUGAACCAGAUAGAUAUAACAAUACAGAAAUUCAGCACUCGCUUAGCUGUAUGGCAAAACACAAUGACUUGUACAUUGUAGCAAAUAUAGGAGAUAACCAACCAUGCUGUCGUCAAAAUGAUCCUAAAUGUCCGUCCGAUGGUCAUUACCAAUUUAAUACAGCAGUAGUAUAUAAUAAAACUGGUUAUCUGAUAGCUAAAUAUCAUAAGAUCAAUUUAUUUUAUGAAUAUCAGUUUGAUGUCCCACCCGAAAGAAAGUAUGUGUCAUUCGAAACCCCUUUUGGGAAAUUUGGAGUAAUGAUAUGUUUUGAUAUAAUUUUUCGGAAUCCAGCUAUUGAUUUGCUAGAAAACCAUGACGUUGAUAAUAUAGUAUUUCCAACAGCAUGGAUGGAUGCGCUACCCAUAUUAGCCGCGAUUCAGUUUCAUUCUGCGUUUGCUGCCGGUGCAAACGUAAAUUUCCUCGCUGCAAAUUUAAAAAAAUCCGAUUUCAAAGUUCAUGGUAGCGGUAUUUACUCACCAAAAGGAUAUCUAGAUUUUCAUUACAGUAAUGACGAUGUUGGAAAACUUCUCAUAGUAGACAUUCCUAUUCACGAUAGGAAACGAAACUCUUAUCCUGAACCUAAAAAUCUGACAGAGGAAAACAAUUCAAUGACUUCUUUUCAGUCCCUUGUUUUUGGUGAUCUUUACAAUUUUGUACCAUUAGUUGAUAUUAAAGGUAAAAGAACAAUAUGUCAUAACAAACUUUGCUGUUCACUCACCUACGAAAAGCAGACGGAUACUGAUGAGGUUUUUGCUUUUGGUGCGUUUGAUGGACUACAUACAUAUGAAGGUACUUAUUACAUCCAAGUUUGCAUAUUACUGAAGUGUAAAAACAGUAAUCUCACAAGUUGUGGAGAACCAGAGGAAAACAGCAUAACAUUUUUCAAGCAAUUUAAGAUCGAAGGUACAUUUACUACUUCAUACAUAUUUCCCGAAAUUUUGUUAUCUAACGCUAGCGAUUUACUACUUUUAGCAGCUCCGAACACUUGGAAAUACGACAAAGGAAUUCUUCAGAGUGAAACAAAGUUAGAAUAUCCAGUCGUGUCAGCUGCCAUGUUGGCGAGGGUAUAUGGAAAUGAUUUGACAAUAAAUCAUGGAAAUCACAUGUUACCUGAAAUUGUCGUGAUAACUGUAAUGUCAGCUAUUUCAAACCUCGUAAGGUUUCUUCUGUAGAUAUUCUACUGCCUUAUAGUUAUUUGGCAUUUUUUUAUUUUAUAUAAUCAUUUAAUCUUUUGUUUAAUCGUGAUUGUCAACUUUUUAAACUUCCAAUUGACAAAACAGUUCUGUAAGUAGAUUUAUCGUACAGUCAUUUUUUUAAUUUAUAGCUUUAAACAUCAUAAUGCAUUUUCAAGUUAUAUAUUUUAUUUUAGGAGCUCGAACUUUUGACAUGAGAAAUUUGAAGCAAUUUUACUAAAACGAGUUCCAAAUUUGAAUUGAUUGUAUUAAAGGGCUCAAACCAGU